UCACUGUAUCUCUUCCCAUAACCAUUAACAAAUAUUAAUUAAGUGACAAUUUGUUAGGCUAUUCAUUCAUCAAAAGAGCAUGACUGCACACAUUAGACUAACGUUACCUUCAAACUAUUUGUAUUGCGCUGUGCGUGUGCGCGUGUUUUAAUUGCCCCUUUAAUUAUUUACUGUUUGCUGUGCUGUGACUGCAAUGAGAGAUCACUAAGCAAAAUAAUAUUAUUGCACUCUUAAAUAUAUAAAAUAUGGCUACAAGCAGUAUAUCCCAGCUGUAGCCUAUAUUCCUCCAUUCCCGCAGCAGAUGCCGUGACGGUCGCCAUGAUGAUGUCGGGGUUUGCCUGCAGCAGCAGCAGCGAGCCGUGAGACGGAAACACGGCGACCGGGAGCAGAAGGGAAGGCAGAGUCCUCCACCGACAUGAAUGAGGACGCAUAUUUCCUCCUCCUCCUCCUCGCUACAAAUCUUCCAUCGACAAGUGCUUAUUACCAAACAAUUUUUUUAAUAAACGUGCGCCCCCUCCGCCGCCGCGUAGAGGACAACGCGGUUCAUAUAUGUAGAGAGGAAUUGAAGGAAAAAACAGCUUGCUAAGGGUUUCGCAGUCCUGCCAGAGGAGGGGCAUAUGGGGCUUUGUAGCAAUGCAGAUCCCGUGCUGCUGAUGCGCUUUUGUUACUGCAUAAUGGAUAACCAAGGAUAUCACCAUAUCUCAAGGGAUUGCUUUAUACUUCUUUGGUGACUUCUUUUGUAAAAACGUAUCGUUUCAAGGAGAAGCUGAUAUCUGGAGAAGGAAAAGGAAUACGGCUUGGUUAUAGUAUACACGUCAAAUCCACCGGCCAGGGCAGGGUCGAUGGUUGUUGCAAGUUCUUUUUAAUGCAUCUACGGACUGCAAAUGUAUGAUGUCGUGGAGUGAUGUGGGCGAAAAGAACCAUGACUGAUCGCCUAAAGCUCGACGAUCUUUGUCUACCUUGAGCCUUUAACUUGUUCCUUUUAAGGAGAUUGCAGGCCGGUUGCCCAUUUGCAACUGUGGGAGCAAAUAUUGACCAAACUCUGAGACAUCAGCGCCGUUUGAAACCAUGUCUGGAGAAGUGCGUUUGAAGAAGCUGGAGAAGCUGAUUUUAGACGGCCCAUCUCAGUCCAACAGCCAGUGCUUCAGCGUGGAGACCUUGUUGGAUAUUCUCGUUUGUCUUUACGAUGAGUGCAGCAAUUCUCCCCUCAGAAGAGAGAAGAAUAUUCUGGAGUUCCUGGAAUGGGCGAAACCUUUCACAUCCAAGGUAAAACAGAUGCGCUUGCAUAAAGAAGAUUUUGAGAUCUUGAAGGUGAUUGGACGGGGUGCUUUUGGAGAGGUUGCCGUAGUUAAGGUGAAAAAUACAGACAAAGUGUUUGCCAUGAAGAUCCUCAACAAAUGGGAGAUGCUCAAGAGGGCUGAGACGGCUUGUUUUAGGGAGGAGCGGGACGUGCUGGUGAACGGGGACAGCCAGUGGAUCACAACGUUACACUUUGCUUUUCAAGAUGAUAACAAUUUGUACCUGGUGAUGGACUACUAUGUAGGGGGUGAUCUGUUGACUCUUCUCAGUAAGUUUGAAGAUCGUUUGCCUGAAGACAUGGCCAAGUUUUAUCUGGCUGAGAUGGUCCUGGCUAUUGACUCGGUGCAUCAGCUACAUUAUGUUCACAGGGAUAUUAAGCCAGACAAUAUCCUGAUGGACAUGAACGGUCACAUCCGAUUGGCCGACUUUGGCUCCUGUCUCAAACUCAUGGAAGAUGGAACAAUCCAGUCCUCUGUGGCAGUGGGUACUCCGGACUACAUCUCUCCAGAGAUCCUGCAGGCUAUGGAAGAUGGGAAGGGAAAGUACGGACCGGAGUGUGACUGGUGGUCUCUGGGUGUUUGCAUGUAUGAGAUGCUGUACGGCGAGACGCCCUUCUAUGCCGAGUCUCUGGUGGAGACCUAUGGCAAGAUCAUGAACCACAAGUCAUCUCAACCUAACAAUGAGGAGCGCUUCCAGUUUCCACUUCAAAUGGCUGAUGUGUCAGAAGAUGCUAAAGAUCUCAUCCGGCGGCUCAUUUGCAGUAGAGAACACCGGCUGGGUCAGAACGGUAUCGAGGACUUUAAACAGCACCCGUUUUUCACGGGAAUCGACUGGGACAACAUCCGCAACUACGAAGCCCCUUACAUCCCUGAAGUCAGCAGCCCCACGGACACCUCUAACUUUGACGUGGAUGAUGAUUGCCUCAAAAAUUGCGAGACGUUGCCUCCGCCUUCUCACACAGCGUUUUCUGGACACCACCUCCCAUUUGUGGGCUUCACUUACACAAGCAAAUGCACACUUUCAGACCGAGGUUGUCUGCGGGAGUCCAUGGGACCUGCACAGGUAGAUGCCGAUCUUCAGAAAAGUCUGGAGGAGAGCCUGGCCUCCGAGGCCUAUGAGAGGAGGAUCAGACGUCUCGAACAGGAGAAAACCGAACUUGCCCGAAAACUCCAAGAGUCCACUCAAACAGUGCAGGCACUACAGUACGCUGAUUCAGACGCCCCUGCGAAUGCUAAUAAAGAGGUCGAGAUCCGGAGUUUAAAGAGUGAGAUUGACUUUCUGAAAAAGCAGUUAGCAGACUCAGGUCAGGCAGAGCAGCAGUUGGAGGAAGCCACCUCAGCCCGUAAAGAUCUCGAAGACUCAUCUAAGGUCAUCAAAAGUUUGGAGAAACAGCUCAAGGGUGUCACGCAAGAGAAAGACGAUCUGCACAAGGAGAUGCUGCAGUUGGCAGAGAAAAUGAAGGCUCAGGCGAAAGAGCUGAAGGACGCUCACAGUCAGAAGAAGAUGGCCAUGGAGGAGUUCUCCGAGCUCAACGAACGGCUGAGCGACCUGCGCUCGCAAAAACAGCGGCUAAGCCGUCAGUUGCGGGACAAAGAGGAGGAGAUGGAGGGAGUCUCGCAGAAACUCGAGGCCCUGCGGCUGGAUACCCGCAAGGCUGAGAGAAUGCGUAAAGAGUUGGAGGCCCAGGUUGAGGAGAACACGGCUGAAGCUCAAAAGGAGAGGAAGCUACGAGAGAGAACCGAACAAUACAGCAAACAGCUAGAAGAAGAGCUGGAUGGCAUGAAGCAAUUGAAACAGGCCGGGCCCACCAGUGCAGCAGCAGGCUCGGACCACCAGCCGGAGUUCAUCCGCAUCCGGUCCGAGCUGGAGAAGAAGAUCGUGCAGUACGAGGAGGAGUUGAGUCGCCGGGAGACGCACCACAGCGGUGAGCUGAAGGCCCUGAAGAAGGAGCUCCGUGAUGCUGAGGGCCAACACCUCGCGCUCCAGAAAGAGAUUCUCAUGCUUAAAGACAAACUGGAGAAAACUCGCAGAGAAAGCCAAACUGAACGUGAAGAGUUUGAGACGGAGUAUAAACAGAAGAACGAAAGAGAGCGAGCCCAUUUGACAGAAGAGAAAAAGAAGCUUACCACUGAGGUGGAGAAGUUGAACUCUACGCUUGAGGAGCUGAGGAGUAGCCACAAGCAGCUGGAGGAAGAGAUGAGAGAACUGACUGAUAAACAGGAGAGUGUCGCCCACUGGGAAGCCCAGAUCACUGAGAUCAUCCAGUGGGUGAGUGAUGAGAAAGAUGCUCGCGGGUACCUUCAAGCUCUGGCCACAAAAAUGACAGAAGAACUUGAAGGGCUGAGGAACACCAGCCUGGGAGCCAGAGGAACGGACAUGCCAUGGAAGAUGAGGCGCUUCGCUAAGCUGGACAUGUCUGCCCGUCUGGAGCUGCAGUCUGCGCUGGAUGCCGAGAUCAGAGCCAAACAGACCAUCCAGGACGAGCUAAACAAAGUCAAAGCGUCCAACAUUGCCACCGAAUGCAAAUUGCAAGAAUCUGAUAAUAGGAACCAGGAGCUGAUGGCUGAAAUUGAAAGGCUGAGGAAAGACAUAGAGGAGCUGAGGAUGAGGAGAGGUGUCAAGCAUCAAGAUUCCCAGAAUUCCUUCUUGGCGUUCCUCAAUGCGCCCACGUCGGCUUUGGAUCAGUUUGAUCGGUCACCUUCUUUUGGUCCAGGACACAAAACCAGACGUCUUGAUUCUGCAGAGUUCACUCCUUCCAACACUCCAUCACGAGAUGAAGAUUCAAGAUCUCGUCGCAUAUCACGCUCUCGGUCCCCAUCCACCGCUAGUGACAUGGAGCCUAUUGAGCUGAUGGACCACACAACACGUGGUCUUCAGACUCCAACAGGCAGAUCAGGAUAUGGAAGUCUGGGACAUUCUAAGCCCAAGGCACAUCAGUUUAGUGUGAAGUCCUUCACUGUUCCCACCAAAUGUAAUCAGUGCACAUCUCUGAUGGUGGGGCUCAUCCGACAGGGCUGCACAUGUGAAGUCUGCAACUUCUCCUGUCAUGUCACCUGUGCUGAUAAAGCGCCCUCUGUAUGCCCCGUCCCACCGGACCAAACAAGGGGCAAACUGGGCAUUGACACACAGAGGGGCAUUGGCACUGCGUACGAGGGGCAUCUAAGGGUGCCAAAGCCUACGGGCGUGAAAAAGGGUUGGCAGAGAGUCUGGGCAGUGGUGUGCGACUAUAAACUCUUCCUGUAUGAGCUGGGAGAAGGGAAAGGUGCCCAGCCUGGUGUUAUAGUUAACCAGGUCAUCGACAUGAGGGAUGAAGAGUUUUCAGCAAGCUCUGUUCUGGAGUCUGAUGUCAUCCAUGCUAACAAGAAAGACAUUCCCUGCAUCCUCAGGGUAACGGCAUCCCAGAUGGCCGCCACCUCGGGUCGGAAGAUGUGCAUCCUGAUGCUGGCCGACCACGAGCAGGACAGGACAAAAUGGGUGUCUGCUCUGAACGAACUCCAUCGCAUCCUGAAGAAAAACAAACUCAAGGAGCGUUUUGUCUACGUGCCUAAAGAAGCCUACGACAGCACGCUGCCUCUCAUCAAAACCACCCAAAGUGCUGCUAUUAUAGAUCACGAACGGGUCGCUUUGGGCAACGAGGAGGGCCUGUUUGUCAUCCAUGUCACCAAAGAUGAAAUCAUCCGUGUGGGUGACGUGAAGAAAGUUCAGCACAUAGAACUGAUGCCCUCGGAGCAGCUGCUGGCCGUGAUCUCCGGGAGGAACCGGCAAGUGUGUCUGGUGCCCAUGAUGGCUCUCGACGGGCGGGAGGUAGACAAGAACAAGGUGGCGGACACAAAAAACUGUCAGGCGCUGGUGUCAGGUGUGGUGCGCAACAGCACUUGUGUCUGCCUUGUAAUUAAGCGACAGAUCUCCUGCUUCGAGAUAAACAAGAGCAAGUCUCGGCACUGCCAUCUGGUGGACAUACAAGCUCCAGGAGCAGUUCAAUGGAUGGGACUGUUCAGUCAGCGCUUGUGUGUGGGCUACCCGUCUGGUUUCAUGCGCUACAGUUUGUAUGGGGAAUCCCCUCCGGUCAGCUUACUCCACCCAGAUGACCCCACGCUGGCCUUUAUAAGGACUGACAGCCUGGAUGCAAUUUGUGCGGUGGAAAUCUCCAAUAAAGAAAUGCUGCUCUGCUUCAGCAAGAUCGCUGUGUAUGUGGACACACAGGGCCGACGUUCACGCCAGCAAGAGCUAAUGUGGCCUGCGACGCCCACCGCCUGCUGCUACAACGCCCCCUACCUGUCAGUUUACAGUGAAAAUGCAGUGGAUGUGUUUGACGUGAAUACAACAGAGUGGAUUCAGACCAUUUCUCUGAAAAAGGUGCGGCCUCUGAACACGGAUGGCUCUUUGAAUCUGUUGGGCUUAGAGACGGUCCGACUCAUGUACUUCAGAAACAAGACUGCAGAAGGGGAUGAGCUGGUGGUGCCUGAAGUGUGUGACAACAGCAGGAAGCAGAUGGUUCGCAGCAUGAGCAACAAGAGACGCUUCUCAUUUCGCAUUCCUGAGGAGGAGAGACUGCAGCAGAGAAGAGAGAUGCUGAGAGACCCAGAGAAGAGAAACAAGCUGAUCUCAAACCCUACGAAUUUUAACCACGUGGCUCAUAUGGGUCCCGGAGACGGAAUGCAGAUCCUCAGAGAUCUUCCCAUGAAUGUCCGUGCCCAGGACAACCGAGCCGGAUUCAGCGGAUCCGUCAGCAUCCCCUCCAUCACCAAGAACCGGGCUGAACCUGGGAGAUCCAUGAGUGCAAGCAGCGGUCUAGGAAUGCGGUCCUCCUCUCAAAAUGGCAGCGCUCUAAGGAGGGAGCUGUCGGGCAGUAGCUACAGCUCUAAGCGGCAGACCAUGACAUCACCGUCCGAGAGCUCGCUGUCGUCGGGCGGGGGCAUGGACAUGGGCGAAGCUCCGCUUUCUCAGUUUGACAGAGAGUGGCAGGCCGUAUCGCCCUCGGAGAAGACCCCCGAUCUGAAAAGGGCUUUAAGGACCCUGCUUAGUAAGAUGAAGGACUCCGAUUCGCCACGGCACUCCACUGCAUCCAACAGCUCCACCUUCAGCAGUCCUCCAAGCCCCUCCUCUCCGCACAAGACCAAGUCCCUCUCGCUGGAGAGCACAGACCGCGCAGGGUGGGAGACAUGAUGGACUCGCCGAUGAACCAAUCACAAACAUUCUCUCCGGGUCUACCUGUCACAGUGCUUCUCCCCCUUCCAUACAAUUGCACAACAGUCCCCUCCCAUUUCAUUUGCAUAAAGGAUCACCACUGAGGAUUAUACAAGGACCACACCACUAUGAGCAAGGGGGAUUGAGAAUUUGUGUGGAUGUGUAUGACAGCGUGAUUAGGACUUUGAAAUGGAUACGACUCCGCAAAGCUAAACUGGACGCCAAAUGGCUUCAGACCUCCCAAUGGCAGACACUACUGCUAACAGAAGUUAUGGAUUUUAUUGUGACAGUUGUUUGUAUAUAGACUGGGUUAGGGGUGAACUUUUAUUUAUUUAUCUAUCUAUCAUUCAGCCAUUUCAACGUGGAAAUACUAUCAAAUUCCUCAAUUCGCUCCUCAUGGACCUUAUAGAAAUUGUUUCAGUUAUACAGUCCUGGAAUAAUUUACCUGGAAAAAAUGCAAUGAUGUAUAUUUUUUAUUUGCUUUUGCAAGUGAUGUGUGCAGUGAUUUGUUUGUUAUUUCAGCCAAAUAGAUGAGAGACAGCCGAAUUCUGUUGCUUCUGUUCUAGAUUUGUAGGGAUUUAUAGAAGCUUUCUGUAAUUCUUGGACGACAUCCUGGAAUCCAUCAUUUGUCUCCAUGUAAUCUAAACCUCCCGAAAACCAACAUGACCUGUGAAAACACGUCACCGUAAUGUACAUAGGUUAAAGUAUAAUAUAAUAUAUAAUAAGGAAAUAUUGUAGAGUGGAAAAUCUCAUUGCUUUUAUUUUUAAAGAAUUAUUUUAAUAUACGUAUAUUAUACAAUACCAUUUAAAAAAAGAAACUUCAGUUGUGUCAGUUCUUUUAGACUAUUUUACUUUGAUUUGAGACAAUACUGCCUUUUGUAAUUUCCUUUACGCUUUCUUUUACUUUUUAAGAUAUUUGUGAGACCCAGGCCAAGCUGUUUCACAACAACUGUGCUUUAACCAUAAAAGCUGCAUCAUCUCAGGCCUCAGUGUUGCUCAAUUCAUGUUUCAUGAUAGCAAUAUAUGUCUUGACCGAAACUGUCCAAAUGUCAGCAAGAAUGUCCAAAAAUGCACACAAAUAUCGUGUUUCUACAGUCUGGAGCUAUUCAGUCCAAACGGUGGAACUUGUUCCAAGGUGUAAUUUGAGUAUUUGCAGACAAACAAAAGGCAUUUCAUUUUCUCCCUGGAUUCAUGGUUUCAUCUAAUGUUACAGUAUGUGAAAUAGAGUCAUGCUUCGCCCACAUAGCUUGGCUUUUUCUAUGGAAAAAUGUUUCUAACUUAUUUAAAAAGACUGGAUAACAGUAAAUUUACCUUGUUAAGCAUUGAAACAUUCACCACUGCUAUUAAAUGUAAGACUAAUCUCAACCAUAAAACAAUAUUACAGAAAUUAUCUGAGGUUAUACAGUUGGAAAAUUCUGCUUAAGAAUAACUUAAUCAAAAGCCUCCUAUAACCUUUCUAGAUGAUCCCACAAUGCCUCUACAGAGCUGAAAUUUAAGUUUCAUAGUGUUUCAAGUUGCUUUUUGUGGCCGGGUCAAUAUCAUCUAUUAAAAAAGAUUUUUUUAAGCCUUUAGAAAUGACAGAAGUCUAACCAGCACAAAUAUUUCCCCCAUCUUCUUUAUAUUCUUGCAGCAUUUUAUUAUGAAUUUUGAGAAACCCGAGUUUCCAACAAUUCUCCUACACGUCUUGAUUUCUGCACUAAAAUCACUGAUAGAAUCUGUUUUGUUUAUUCCACAAAAAGUUUCACUGUAAUUAUCAACAUUUUUGAUCAUUCAUGAAGGUUAACUAUAAAUCGUCUCUCAGCUCAAUAUCCAAUACAAUUCCAUCUGUACUAAGCAAAAGCAUAUGAAAUAACACCUUUCGCAAUAUUUUCAUGACUGUAGUUGCCAUCACGAAUGGAAAUCAUCUGAGAAUAAAAGUUUGAAUACAAACCUGCAACAAAAACAAUACGCCUUUGAAUUUCGGCAGCCUUUCUUACAUACAGUAUAGUAUUUAUAUGCCGUCAUUCACAUCCCAAUUGUUUUUUGUUUCUUAAGAUAUUCUUUGUAAUCCUUUGUACAGUUUUGCAUGUCAUGAAUGUUCAUACCUCAUGUUUCAUGGUUGUAUUAUGUUUCUCGCUCAUUUGAUAAGGUAUUCUACUGUGGAUAUCACUACAAGCAACAAGAAUCUUUUUGCACACAGGUAUUUAAGGUGGAAAGUCAGUCAAAGAAUGGAUAAAUGGGCCACUAUGCAUACUUUACUAUAUUAACCUGACUCUGAUGUAAUUCAAUAAAUGGAGGGAAGUGACACACA